CGGACUCGGACAAGGUCCGCGCCACGGACUCGGACAAAGUCCGCGCCUCAGGGGCCGGCUUCCAAAGCACCCGGCGGAGGGCGGGGCGAAGGGGCGGAGUGAGCGCCAUGACGCCAGGAGCCUCGGCCAAUGGAAACGCCCCGCGGCGCCGGCCGAGCCGCCAGCCCAUAAAAAGGAGGCGCUCCGGCACUCCUCAGUCUCUUCUGUUCCGGGCUCGGAGCCUACCCCUGGCACGAGGCCUACGUUAUUCAGGUGAUUGCGGUCACAGUCCAUUGCCCGCCGGCGAAGUUCAGUUGCAGCCCCUAACGCGUACGAGGGUCCCUCCGGGGCGGCAGCGGCAGGUCUAUGGAGAAGGGCCCGGGGCGGGUGCAGGCGAAGCCGCGGGACGCCCGGUGCAGCAAUGGGUUCACCGAGGGGGAGCCGCCGCGGCCCAGGCCCAGUACGCCCUCCGAGAAGCAGCCGCGGCCGGAGAGCAAGAGCAUCCAGCCGGCGGACGGCUGGAAGGGCGAGCGGCCCCGCAGCGAGGAGGAUAACGAGCUGAACCUCCCCAACCUGGCGGCCGCCUACUCGUCCAUCCUGCGCUCGCUGGGCGAGGACCCCCAGCGGCAGGGGCUGCUCAAGACGCCCUGGAGGGCGGCCACGGCCAUGCAGUUCUUCACCAAGGGCUACCAGGAGACCAUCUCAGAUGUCCUAAAUGAUGCUAUAUUUGAUGAAGAUCAUGAUGAGAUGGUGAUUGUGAAGGACAUAGACAUGUUUUCCAUGUGUGAACAUCAUCUAGUUCCAUUUGUUGGAAGGGUCCAUAUCGGUUAUCUUCCUAACAAGCAAGUUCUUGGCCUCAGCAAACUUGCUAGGAUUGUAGAAAUCUAUAGUAGAAGAUUACAAGUUCAAGAGCGCCUUACGAAACAAAUUGCUGUAGCAAUCACAGAGGCCUUGCGACCUGCUGGAGUGGGGGUAGUGGUUGAAGCGACACACAUGUGUAUGGUAAUGCGAGGGGUACAGAAAAUGAACAGCAGAACCGUGACCAGCACGAUGCUGGGGGUGUUCCGCGAGGACCCGAAGACCCGGGAAGAGUUUCUGACUCUCAUUAAGAGCUGAACCUCAGCAUGUGCCACAUGGUUUACAGAUUGUGCAGCUAGUAGCAUCAUUUGGUCUUAAUUGUUUGUACAUUCCAUUUCCAGUUGUUGCUUAUCCCUUGUCACUAAUUGUAUUUAAUAAUUAUUUAAAGCAAGUCAAAUAAAGAUAAUUAAUAAAGGGGUAAUUAAUCUACUUUCUUCUUGCCACCUUUUAGUGGCAACAUUCAAGCAAACUGCCAAUAGUGUAAGUUACUUGCAUAAAACCACUGCCUUUCAGGUAACCUGAGGGUGCUGGGAAGGGAGAAGAAUUCAUGUGUUUUGUUCAGAGUAUGGUAAUUUGAUUCAGAAGCACAGGUGUGUUGGGAAUGGGAGAAAACUAUGACCAAUAUAUUUAUUUUAUCCUCCCCAAACAAAAAUGGCAUAGUGCUUCAAAUAAUUUAUGUACACUGUGCAGCAUUUCUCUGCAAAUUCAAAGUCCAACAGCUCCAUUUUAAUCAUGUUUAUUUAACUGCCAGUGAUACUUUAUUUUUUAUAUAUUUAUUUUUUAACUAUCCAGUUGUAACAUAUGUCACCAAGGGAAGGUGGUGGAAUAUCUAUGUUUUUUAAUUUCACUGUGAGUUAAAAAAGCAAUUUCUACCUUCUAUUCUUUUUAAAAUUCAAGUACAGGGAAUUAGUUCCUGGAGUUGUUUACGAGUGUAUUCUCAUGUCAGUAUGUACAGGGAUUUAGACAUUUAACUCUCUGUGCCUUGAUGAGAAUAUCACACCAUUUAGAGUGUAGAUACCUUUGCCUUUUUUUUAAAAGCCAUUAUUUUAUAAGACUUAGUACUGACCUUGCAAAUAACUAGCUCUCACAGUUCUACCUUUACACGUUUCUUGGAGCUUACUUUGUGAGUUCCUUGUAGAUGCCUCAAAACUUUUUUUUUUAACUUAUCAAAUAUUUUUCUAAGUAUUUACAGAAACUUUUGAAAGUGUCCAUCAUUUUCAGGUCUGCAGAACCAUAGCUUCCGUGAAUAUGAGAGAAUGCAGAAUUGCACUGUGGACUGCUUUGAACUAUGUCCCAUGUCUAAUGAAAGCUGUAUUGUUGGUGUCUGUAAAAAUGCACCGUCAUUCUCUGGAGUGAUUGGAAGCUACUGGAAGCCAGUGUUCUGGUUUCCCUUGUGGUCCACGUGGAUCUUGUCUGUGUAACUGUUCAAGUGGGAUAGGUCUUUUAGUCCAGGAAGCUGCUGCCUUAUUAAUGAUUAUCUUAAAAUUUCCUCCACUGGGGCAGUGUGGGCCAAAUUAAAACAAACAAAUGAAAAAAAAACCCAACUCUCUGCAAAAACAAACACAGUUAUUCCAUGGAGAAGUCUCUUAUUUGGUUGACACUGUGCUCUUCAAAUUUAUCCUGUUACCAACAAGGAUUAACUACAAUGCUUGCUGUAACUCUGGUAGUCCUGUCUCUGCCACUCUGAUGCCAUUUGGCUUAUGCUAGGGCCAGAUGGCAGGUUUUUUGUUUGUUUGUUUUUUUAAUUUUAAAUCUUCCCUACUUCUAGUUCCUAUAUAUAUAUUUUUUUCACUUGGAGUUUCUAAAGUAGAGUGGUGGUUGAUUCUGAGUUCCUUUUAAAAUCUAACCUGAUAUAAACAUUAUCCUGCUUAACAUUUAGAGAUAGAAUUAAACAUUCAGCUCACGUUUGGUAUUUUAAAGUUUUUACACCUGUGACUUGGAGGACCAAAGAAAUUGUUAGCUGUUAAUUCAUCUUUCUGAGAUCAAUUAUAUUCCUUUUUAAUGACUGUUUAUUCUAACAUUCCUUAGAAGUGUUCUCAUAAAGGUCUACAGUAUCCACAGUAUUGGUCUAGAGUAUUGAUAAAUGCAAAGUAAUUACCUUGUCUGUUUUACUCUGGUCUGUAGUACUUCAAAAUUACUUUUUCAUAUCCGUGGGCUUGAACUCAUUUGGGGGAUUUUUAAGAAUUCGAUGCAUUUAAAUACACUGUUCAGUUUAAUUGUUCAAAUUGUAUGUAUAUUGUUCCUGAAGUUGGUUUUAUUCAAAUUAUUAAAGUGUUAUGACUGUUCUUGUGAAAGUAGUUUCUUUUUGAACCACUGCUAUAGAUAAAUCAAUAAAUUCAAUUAUUUUUACUGCA